GCGGGAUGAGGGCGGGAGGCUGUGGCGCGGAGGUCCAAUGGGAGCGGGCGAUGGUGGGAGGUAAGCGCUGGGGCAGGCGGUUAGCCUCAGGGUUUCUCGCAGUGCGGGAAUUUCGGACGGGGCGGAAGGAGCGGCGGUCGGGUCUGGCACGGAGGAGUGAAAAUGCCAUAUAAGAAGGCAACUGCUGGAAAAAGAGCCCCUGCAAAAAGGAAACUUGCUGAAUUAUUUGGUCUGGGAGAGGUUCUAACAGAUACGUCAAGAAAAGAAUGGAAAUUAGGUGUCCCUAUAGGGCAAGGAGGCUUUGGACGCAUAUACCUUGCUGAUGCUAAUUCUUCAAAGCCAGUUGGCAGUGAUGCACCUUACAUUGCAAAAGUGGAACCCAGCCAGAAUGGACCUCUUUUUACUGAGUUAAAGUUCUACAUGCGAGCUGCUAAGCCAGAUGAAAUUCAGAAGUGGCCUCAGUCCCAUAAACUGCAGUAUUUAGGUGUACCAAGAUACUGGGGUUCUGGCUUGCAUGAAAAAAAUGGAAACAGUUACCGAUUUAUGAUAAUAGACCGAUUUGGCCGAGAUCUUCAGAAGAUGUAUGAAGAGAAUGGAAAGCAAUUUUCCCAUAAAACUGUACUGCAGCUAGGCUUGAGAAUACUUGAUAUCCUGGAAUACAUCCAUGAGCAUGAAUACGUGCAUGGAGACAUCAAGGCCUCAAACCUUCUCCUGAGUUACAAGAACCCUAAUCAGGUAUACUUGGUGGAUUAUGGACUUGCCUACCGAUACUGUCCUGAAGGAGUUCAUAAAGUAUAUAAAGAAGAUCCCAAAAGGUGUCAUGAUGGAACUAUUGAAUAUACCAGUAUUGAUGCACACAAGGGUGUAGCACCGUCAAGACGUGGUGAUCUGGAGAUCUUGGGUUACUGUAUGAUUCAUUGGAUUAGUGGCCAUUUACCAUGGGAGGAUAAUUUGAAAGAUCCAGAUUUUGUCAGAGACUCAAAAAUUGGCUGUAGAGAUAUCUCAGUUUUGAUGGACAAAUGCUUUCCUGGCAAAAACAAACCAAAUGAAAUAGCCAAAUACAUGGAAAAGGUGAAACUACUGAGCUAUGAAGAGAAACCUGUUUAUCAGCAUUUCCGAGAAAUACUUCUGCAAGGGCUAAAGGCCAUUGGGCAAAAAGAUGAUGGAGUACUUGACUUUGGCUUGUCAGAGAGUGGAGACUUGCAAACAAAACCCACGCAAAAGGUUAUUUCUGUAAAAAAUUAUAAAAAGAGAAAAGCAGCAGAAAAAAAGGCAGCAGCUACAGCCAGUGAGGACACUGAAGCAGAUAUGGAAGUUGCAGGAAGCCCAGAAAAAAAGAAACCUACUGCUUCUAAUGCGGUAGGUACCAGAACUCGGAAUAUGACCUCACCAAAAUCCAAGAAAGGUACAGCAACCAGAAAGAGAGUCCAGAAGUAAAUAGAUGGAAUAAUAAGUUAAUCACCUCUGGGCAUUUAUCAGCUACUAUAGCACUGGAGGCUUUUUCUUUCCUUUUUAAAUGAUGAGUCCUGGAAAAACAUGACUACUGUUUGUACCUGGUUUUGAAAAAUAAAUGUUUUAUUAAAAUAUUUGCAUAAUUUAUGUUAGUUAAAUACUAAUGCAAGAUUUUCCAACUUUGAGGUGAGGAUGCAUUUUUAUUUUUUAUAUACAGGAAUAUCUUAAAGGCAAACUAAAAGUGCUUUUUUUUUCUGCUUUAUAAUGUAGAAGUAAAGCCUUACUUAGUUGCCUUACAGGUAUUUUAGAAGGAACAGCAGUACUGCAUCUGAUUUCUUCUGAUUUUGAGUAAAGUCUUAUUGGAGGUUACUUAGAUGUAAACUGAGACGAAGUCUGAAAUUGUAGAGACAUUUCUUAAGUCUGUCUUGAAUUUGACUAAAAAAUGAAAACAUAAGACAAAAAUCUCAUCAUUCCAUUUUAGCUUGUUAUAAAAAGCAUUUAAACAGUUCUUUGGAGAACAGGUAAUGAAUUCUUUUGCAUAGUAUUUCUGUUUCGAUAACUUUCCAAUUAUUCAGAGUUUCUCUGGAAAGAGAGAGACCAGGGCCCAGGGCAAAGAGAAGAACCAACAGAAACUCACUACCCAUUCUCAGUGCCCCUCUUAAGUUUUCUUUUUAUAUUAGUGAAAAAGCUAGAAAAGUUAUAACCAUUAAUAACUUUGUAAAGUAUCUAGUUCCAAUAAAAGCUUGACUUGCUUGUGCUUCUCAUAACAAAAUAAUAAUUUACCUUUUUUUAAUAGUUGAGAAGCAUGUCAUCUUCUGAAACCAUUCUUAAAAGUACUCUCUUACUCAGUUUUGAGUCUUCAGACUUGUGAGUCAAAAAAUGCAGUGUUUAAUAUCAGUGAGAUACCAUUUCUUUUCAUUUAAAUACUGCAAAAAUAUGCAUAAUUAGGGCAUGAACAUUAUUCUUGUCAGGAAGAGUGCUUUAUGAAGUUUAGCAAACCAAAAGGAAUCCAUAUGAGCCAAUGGGUGGUGUAUUUGUGUGGAUGUCAAGUGCUCUGCUUGCUUGAUUGUAUAAGGUCUGAGUAGCUACUGACUGAAAUAAGUAUGUUGUAGCAUAAAAUGUUGAAUGAAUGAUGAGGCAGUGUUUUGAAAACAAGGGAGUCUGUUGUGAAAUAAAACUGGAAUAACAUACUUAAAAG